AAAGGGUUUCUGAUACUUCCAUUUCAUCAAGGGAACUCGGAUGUACUCUUCGUUGUUUUCGAGCUCUUUCAAUGAAUGUGAUGAAGUUUCAUUUGUUGACUUUGUCGUUCUUCUGUUUCCUGGGCUUGACUUUGAUCUGCAUGUGUUUUCCGUGUCCUGGCUUGGAUGUGAAUGAAAGAAAACAAGAGCUUUUGAACUAACUGAGAGUUGGUUUAGUUUUAUUCCAUUUUUUUGUCGUUCUUAUGUCAUAGGUGCCAAUGAAGUGGAAAAGAAACAGAACAAAUUAAGAACAGCUGUUGGCUUUUGAAAGUAAGGCACUUAACCAAGAACAGUGAUUGAUGGCAACAUGAAAAUUAUUUUUAGUCCUGAAACAAAAAGAUGGUAACAAAUUGGUAUAGAUCUGGUUGUUGAAAGUCCCGUCACUGUAGUCGCCAGUGUAUAUGAUCAUAUGUUGGUGCAAGCUCUGAACUGGUAUACGACUUCUUUUACCGGGGAUUCUGUAUACAGGUAAACAGAGUCUAAUAAUUUGAUACACACAAAUCUAAUCUUAAUAUGAAGUGGGCUGUAGUUGCAAGAAUUUUCACAGUAAUUUUCUUUUAACUGGAAGGGAAUGUUGUUCUGUUCACUUCCUUUGAGGCUUUCAUUUGUUUUUGUAUCUCAAGAAUAUUCCAGUUCAGAAUCGGACCUUUAGUUUCUGCCGCUUUACAACGAGUCCAACAGUGUUCUUGCAAGCAAUCUUGUGGCUUAGCUUUAGGCAGGAAAUGGAGCCUCAAAAGCUCAGCCUUGUUGGGAGGUUAUGUGGCAGCUCAAUUAGCCACAUGAGAAGAUUUGUGUUUGAUGUUCUGUCUGCUGGUCCAAUCCCCAACCAUGUUGCCUUCAUUUUGGAUGGAAACAGAAGGUAUGCUAGGAAAUGGAAGUUGGGAGAAGGAAUGGGACAUAGAGCUGGAUUUCUCUCCCUCAUGUCCUUGAUCAAGUAUUGCUAUGAGUUGCAGGUCAAGUACGUCUCCAUUUAUGCAUUCAGCAUUGACAAUUUCAAAAGAAAGCCUAAUGAGGUCAAGUAUGUGAUGGAUUUGAUGCUGGAGAAGAUUGAAGGGAUGCUCAAGGAAAAGACUAUAGUGGAAGAAUAUGGGGUGAGGGUGUACUUUAUAGGGAACUUGAAACUUCUGGAUGAUAAUGUCAGGCAUGCAGCUGAACAGGCAAUGAAAGCCACAGCGAAGAACAGCAGGAGCAUUCUCCUCAUCUGCGUUGCUUAUACUUCGACUGAUGAGAUAGUGCAUGCUGCUCAAGAAUCUUGUGAACAGCUGUGCGAUGAAUUGCAAGCACUAAAACCAAGUGGAGCUCCAUUUGGUAAGAUAAGCGAGGAAUUGCAUGAGAUGGUGCAUGCUGCUCAAGAAUCUUCUGAACAGCUGGGCAAUGAAUUGCAAGCACUAAAACCAAGUGGAGCUCCAUUUGGGAAGAUAAACGAGAUAGCGAGAGAAAAGCUAAGUGGAACUCCAUUUGGGAAGAUAAACGAGAUAAUGAAUGGAAAGGAGGAGGAGAAACCUGAAGAAAGGGAGCAAGGGGAGGCAAAUGGCGAAAAGCAGGAGGAUAAAAGUGAAGAAAAGAGCAAGGAACCGAGGGGCAAAGAAAAGCAGGGGGAUUUCCCCAACGGGGAAAAGCUGGAGAAUGCAAGUGAAGAAAAACAGGAGUUGAGCAAUGGAAAGCUGGAGGAGAAGAGUGAAGAAGAGCAGAAGGGUUUUGUCAAAGAAAUGAAGGAGGUUCAACCAAAUAUAAAGCUGUCAGAUAUUGAGAGGAACAUGUACAUGGGAGUGGCACCUGAUGUGGAUAUUCUGGUAAGAUCUUCAGGGGAAACUCGGCUUAGCAAUUUCCUUCUCUGGCAGACAUGGAAUGGCCUGUUGUAUUCACCAACGGCUCUUUGGCCCGAGGUUGGUUUGGAGCACCUUGUCUGGGCUAUACUGAAUUUCCAGAGAGCUCAUCCACUUUUUGAGAAGAGAAAGAAGCAAUUUUGAAAAGCUUCAAGCAACCUAAUAAGCUGCAUCUUCUGCUUUUCGUCCGGAGUUCAUAAAAAUUCACAGGUAAUGAUGGUACAAGAACGCUACUCCGAAUUCGAUCUGGAAAUUAUUGAUUCUUGUCAUUUCAAUUGUCCGCCCCAGAUACUUGUAGCAAUAAUAACGAAUGACUACUACAACCCAAUCCCUCUGCUACUCUUAUGACUUCAUUUCCAUGCUAAUUUUGAUGCUUUGCUGAUUAUUUUACG